AUGGCAUUUUCUGCUUCCACUCACAAAUCUGGCAGAAGUCAUCCAGGGGCAAUCAAUGAUGGUUUAUACAAGGAAUUGUGGCAGGCCUGUGCUGGUCCCCUUGUCAGUCUCCCUCGUGAAGGGGAGAGAGUUUAUUACUUUCCACAAGGUCACAUGGAACAGGACAAGCUGCGUGGGCAUGGGAUCUUAAUUUUUGAUCUUAAACUGCACAUUGCAAUUUUCAAGAUGCAUUUGCUUGAGGCAUCAAUGUAUGAGGGAUUGGAGCAGCAGAUGCCUUCCUUUAAUCUGCCUUCUAAAAUAUUAUGUAAAGUGGUCAAUGUUCACCUUCGGGCUGAAUCCGAAACUGAUGAAGUAUAUGCACAGAUAACUCUGCUUCCUGAAGUAGAUCAAAGUGAGGUGACCAGCCCUGAUGAUCCUCUGCCUGAAUCUCCAAGGGUCAAGAUCCAUUCAUUUUGCAAGACUCUUACCGCAUCUGAUACCAGUACCCAUGGGGGUUUCUCUGUGCUUCGAAGACAUGCAGAUGAUUGUCUGCCUCCGUUGGAUAUGUCUCAGCAACCACCAUGGCAAGAAUUGGUUGCAACUGAUUUACACGGGAAUGAAUGGCAUUUUAGACAUAUUUUUCGAGAUUUGAUGUUUAUUUAUACUGUCAGUAAGUUCCUGAAUGAACAGAGUAAUUUCCAGGGCAACCCAAGCGCCACUUACUUACCACUGGGUGGAGUGUCUUUGGGUGAAAAUGGAGAGCUGCGAGUUGGGGUUAGGAGGGUCAUGAGACAGCAAAGCAAUGUGCCUUCUUCUGUUAUAUCUAGUCACAGUAUGCAUCUUGGUGUUCUGGCCACUGCAUCUCAUGCCAUUGCCACUGGAACAUUGUUUUCUGUGUUUUACAAGCCCAGAACAAGCCGGUCGGAGUUUAUUGUCAGUGUCAACAAGUAUCUGGAAGUUCAUAGUCAUAAACUCUCUGUUGGGAUGAGAUUCAAAAUGAGAUUUGAGGGUGACGAAAUUCCUGAAAGAAGGUUCAGUGGCACAAUUGUGGGUGUUGGAGAUAAUAAAUCAUCAGUGUGGCCUGAUUCUGAGUGGCGAUCAUUAAAAGUGCAAUGGGAUGAACCAUCAUCAAUUUUGCGCCCUGAUAGAGUUUCUUCAUGGGAAUUGGAGCCACUUGUGUCUACCACUCCUGCAAACCCGCAGCCAACCCCAAGAAACAAGAGGGCACGGCCUCUCGUUCUACCUUCUACAAUGCCUGAUUCUUCUUUGCAAGGUGAGUUUGCUGGGUUGGUGGUACACAAAUUCAUUUCAUCAAUUAUGCUGUUUUUCUACAUUAUCCACUUUCCUUGUACACCAGGCAUGUGGAAAUCAUCAGUUGAAUCUACACCUUUCUUCUAUUGUGACCCUCAACAUGGACGUGGCCUCUAUCCAUCACCCAAGUUCAAUUCUUCUGCAACUAACUUUCUUGGUUUUAGUGGGAAUAGCUUUGUGGGACCUCCUUCCAACAAAUCAAUAUAUUGGUCUAAUAGGAUGGAAAAUUCCUUGGAAUCUAUUUCAGCUAUAGCCCUUAAAGAAGCUGGAGAAAAGAGACAAGGCACUGGAAAUGGCUGCAGACUCUUUGGGAUUCAGCUACUUGAGAAUUCUAAUGCCGAAGGAAGUCUACAAACAGCGACUUUGUCUGGAUGGGUGGGUGAUGAUAGGUCUGCUCCAUCUUUAGAUGCUGAAUCUCAGCAUUCGGAACCAUCAAAUGCCAAUCGAUCUGAUAUUCCUUCAGAAAGUUGUGAUGCUGAAAAAUCGUGCCUGCAAUCUCCCCAGGAGUCACAAAGCAGGCAAAUAAGGAGCUGUACAAAGGUUCACAUGCAAGGAAUGGCUGUUGGAAGGGCUGUGGAUUUAACACGAUUUGAUGGAUAUAAGGAUCUGCUCCGGAAAUUGGAAGAGAUGUUUGACAUCAAGGCUGAGCUCUGUGGGUCCACAAAAAACUGGCAGGUUGUCUACACUGAUAACGAAGAUGAUAUGAUGAUGGUUGGAGACGAUCCAUGGGAUGAGUUCUGUAGUGUUGUGAGGAAAAUUUUCAUCUACACGGUAGAGGAGGUAAAGAAGCUUUCCCCGAAAAUAGGACUUCCAAUGAAUGAAUUGAAAGCAAGCAAGCAGGAUUCAGAAGCAAUAGUCAAUCCAGAGGAGCAUUCGUCUAAUGUGGGACUGAGCUGCUAA